UGAUAAACAGUAGUAAACAAAAAAAAUUCUGUGAAAAAAUGUAUUAAUUGCAGGAAAAUUUGUGAAAUUUUUUAUUAAAUCUAAUAAAAAUGGAAACAACAAAUGAAAAUCAAACAAAAGAACAACCUUUACGACCAUUUAAAUUGGCUCAUCAGAUAGUCAGCUUGACCGGCAUAAGUUUCGAAAGAAAAAGUAUAAUUGGAGCUGUAGAACUUACCAUUGUACCCACUAAAGAGAAUUUACGAAUAAUAAGAUUGAAUGCCAAACAGUGUCGCAUCUAUCGAGUGCUGCUCAACGAUGUCUGUGAGGCUGACUUUGUUUAUUUUGAUCCAUUUAUGGAUAUUUGUCAGGGUGAUACAAAAACACGUUCCCUGGAAACUUUAUCUAAAAAUCAUUUAAUUGGUGCUCAAAAAACCGAUCCUGAUGUUAAUUGCGGUGAGCUAUUAAUACAAAUACCCCCUGAAGGAUAUCAUAUGAUACAAGAGGGUCGUGGUUUACGUAUAGGCAUUGAAUUUUCUUUGGAAAAUCCUCAGGGUGGCAUACAUUUUGUUAUACCACCCACCAGUGAAGAUGAGACACAACCCAAUAGUGCUCAUAUGUUUACAUAUGCCUAUGAGAAUUCCUCGCGUUUGUGGUUUCCUUGUGUCGACAGUUUUGCUGAUCCUUGUACAUGGAAAUUGGAAUUUACUGUGGAUAAACAUUUGACGGCGGUAUCAUGUGGUGAAUUAAUGGAGGUUGUUAUGACUCCCGAUCUGAGAAGGAAAACCUAUCAUUAUUCUUUAACCGUACCGGUGUGUGCUCCCAAUAUUGCUUUGGCCGUGGGACCAUUUGAAAUAUUCGUUGAUCCUCAUAUGCAUGAAGUAACCCAUUUCUGUUUGCCCCAAUUACUGCCUUUGCUCAAGAAUACAGUGCGUUAUUUACAUGAAGCUUUUGAAUUUUUCGAAGAAACCCUAUCCACCCGCUAUCCGUUUUCAUGCUACAAACAGGUUUUUGUAGAUGAGGCAGAUGCUGACAUCAGUGCUUAUGCCACUAUGAGCAUAGCUUCCGUUCACCUCCUGCAUUCCAUUGCCAUUAUAGAUCAAACUUAUGUAUCACGUACACUUAUGUCCCGAGCAGUGGCGGAGCAAUUUUUCGGUUGUUUUAUUACUUCACAUCACUGGUCUGAUACUUGGUUGGCCAAGGGUAUAGCUGAGUAUUUGUGUGGUCUUUAUUCGCGUAAAUGUUUCGGCAACAACGAAUAUCGUGAAUGGAUUCAAAAGGAAUUAGCGCGAGUAGUGAAAUAUGAAGAACAAUAUGGUGGCAUUAUAUUGGAUUGUAGUCAACCUCCAGCGCCGUUACCUGUUAGUAGUACUAAUCCCUCGGCAGCUGCUGCUAAGCAACAGGAAAUUGUUCAUUAUUUCCCUAUAAAAAGUUUACACACAGUUUCUCCAAAAUAUGUGGAGGCAAUGAGAAGGAAAGCUCACUUGGUUAUACGCAUGUUGGAGCAUCGAAUCGGCCAGGAGCUGUUGAUACAGGUUUUCAAUAAACAACUUGCCCUAGCCACCAAUGCCGCCUCCACUAAAAUCGGUUCUGGUUUAUGGCAUCAUCUUCUCAUUUCUACAAAUAUAUUCAUUAAAGCCAUUUUUACCGUUACCGGUAAAGAUAUGUCCGUUUUUAUGGAUCAAUGGGUUCGCACUGGUGGUCACGCCAAAUUUUCUCUUACAUCAGUCUUCAAUCGUAAACGUAAUACAAUUGAAUUGGAAAUACGACAAGAUUUUGUCAAUCAACGUGGUGUACGCAAGUACAAUGGUCCUCUGUUGGUACAACUGCAAGAAUUGGAUGGUACCUUCAAACAUAUGCUACAAAUUGAGAAUACCGUGGUAAAGGCUGAUAUAACUUGCCAUUCGAAGAGCAGACGUAAUAAGAAAAAGAAAAUUCCUUUAUGUACGGGAGAAGAAGUUGAUAUGGAUCUAUCGCCUAUGGACGAUUCUCCGGUAUUGUGGAUACGUUUGGAUCCUGAAAUGAUUUUAAUACGUGAUUUAAAUAUAGAACAACCCGAUUUUCAAUGGCAAUUUCAAUUGAGACAUGAACGUGAUGUUACUGCACAAUUUGAAGCUAUUAAAGCUUUAGAAAAAUAUCCCACAAAUGCCACACGUUCCGCCCUAACCGAUACCAUUGAAAGUGAACAUUGUUUCUAUAAGGUUAGAUGUGAGGCGGCAGAUUGUUUAACAAAAGUAGCCAAUCAAAUGGUUACCCAAUGGAGUGGCCCACCCGCCAUGUUAAACAUCUUUCGCAAAUUCUUUGGUUCAUUUAGUGCUCCUCAUAUAAUCAAACAAAAUAAUUUUGCAAAUUUUCAAUUGUAUUUCUUGCAAAAAGUUAUACCAGUUGCCAUGGCAGGUCUUCGCACUUCUCAUGGCAUUUGUCCGCCUGAAGUUAUACGUUUUCUAUUUGAUCUUUUCAAAUACAACGAUAAUACACGCAAUCAUUAUAGCGAUGUUUACUAUCGCUCUGCACUAGUAGAUGCUUUGGGUAAUUCUAUAACACCAGUUGUUUCAGUGGCCUUAAGAGGCACACCCAUUACUUCGGAUAGUUUAUCAGCAGACGCUAAGUUAGUUUUAGAAGAGGUAACACGUUUAUUGAAUUUGGAAAAACAUUUACCUUCCUAUAAAUACAUGGUUUCAGUAUCAUGUUUGAAAGUCAUACGUAAACUGCAAAAAUGUGGUCAUUUACCUUCUUUACCCAAAAUCUAUCGCUGUUAUGCUGCCUAUGGCCAGUAUUUAGAUUUACGUCUUGCUGCUAUGGAAUGUUUGGUGGAUUUCGUUAAAGUUGAUGGUCGUUGGGAAGAUUUAGAUCAUUUAAUUACUCUUUUAGAAACAGAUCCUGAUCCCGCAGCUCGUCAUGGUUUGGCUCAGUUGUUAAUUGAUAAUCCACCUUUUACGAGGGAGUCGCGUAGCCGUUUAGAUCGUCCCGAAUUGGUGGAGAGAUUGUGGAAGAAUAUGAACAAUAAAUUGGCAUUCGAUACAAAACUACGCUGUGACAUGGUCGAUUUGUAUUAUGCCCUGUAUGGAACGAAACGUCCUCUCUGCCUUCAAUCUGCGGAAAUGAAUAGCAUGUAUAAAGAUUUUGUACGUGAAAGUACAAUGAAAAAAUCAUCCUCGAGUGCAACAAAAACCCCAACACCGCCAGUACCAGAAAUAAAAACAGAAGUACCACGCAACGAUGAUGUUGACACAGGAAGUUUAGAACAAAAACCCUCGACAAAUACACUAAAACGAACAGCUACAGAGGCGUUUGCGGUGGGAGAUGAAAUUAUUAAGUUAGAGACUCACGAAGAAAUAUCAGUGGUUAAUGAAGCUGUAAAAGAUGAAAUAUAUGAAAUGGAAACUACGACGACUACAACAGCAGUGAGCAAAGUAGAUGUAAUCACAACACUUACCCCAGAAACUGAUAGUUAUGGUUCGGAAAGUAAAAAACUUAAAAGUGAGAUAUUCGAUGAGGAUGAAAAUUCUAUAACCAUAAUAGAUAUAUCUGAAUCCACAAUAACACGCAUGGAUAGUAGUUUUGAUUCAGCUAAAGCUGAUAGUGAAAUGAAACAUAAACUGGAUAGUACCUCCAAGAAAAAGAAAAAGAAGGACAAAAAGAAACAUAAGCAUAAACAUAAACACAAGCACAAUAAGGAAAAGGAUAAAGAACGUGAUCGCAAGGAUAAAAAAGAUCCCAAUAUUUCGCGUCUUCAAGCUAAAGAAGCAACACCGGAAACUUUAAGUUCAGCUGAUAGCAGCAACAGCAAUAGUAAUCCACCGUUUAGCUUCCAACCAUAGCAAAGGUUUUUCAAUCACUCCAUUAAGUUUGAAUCGUUUUUAACGAAAAAGUAGUAAUUGUUGUAAUAUAAAUGCAUUUAUAUCCAAAAAAAAACUAUUUUAUUUAUAUUAAAAAUUGCACAGAAUUUUAUAUAUAUUUUUAUAGAGUCUAGUUUAAGUAUGAAAUUUCAUACAAAAAAAGUACACACACAUACAUACAUAAACUUUGUAUUUAUAUGUAUACAUAUUCUUAAAGGUCAACAAGUUUUUUCUCCUAAAAGGUUUAUAGAGCCAAUACAUUAAAAAUUAAAUUUUGAAAUUUAUAACAAAAAAGUUUUUAAUCCAUAGAAUACAAUAAUAUGUAUGAAUAUAAUCGCAUAUAAAUAUUUUAUUUAAUAU